AUGGAAGACCUACUGGCGGGGCUAGAGAACGUCGUGCCGUACUUUGAUGAUGUACUAGUGAAGGGCACAUCCAUGGAAGAGUUGCUCAUCAAUGUGCGACAGGUACUACAGCGUUUCAGAGAUGCUGGUAUACAUGUCAAGGCAGAGAAAUGUGUGCUGGGGGCUUCAGAAGUUACAUUUCUAGGCUAUGUGGUGGAUCAACAUGGGUUACGGCCCACCCCCGACAAGGUGCAGUCCAUUCACGAUGCACCAACACCAGCAAACAGAGAUGAAUUACAGGCAUAUCUAGGUCUUCUUAAUUUUUACCAUGCAUUUCUGUUGGAUAAGGCUAGUGUAGCAGAACCUUUGCAUCAGCUUUUGAAGAAAGACGCUCGCUGGGAAUGGACCACGGUGCAGGAUGCAGCUUUUGCGGCUACAAAGGCUCUGUUAACCUCAAACUCUUUACUAGCUCACUACGACCCACAAAAGCCACUUAUAUUAACGUGUGAUGCAUCUCAGUAUGGAAUUGGAGCUGUUCUUAGCCAACCGAAUAAUCAGGGGGAAGAAGUGCCAAUUUGCUAUUAUUCACGAACCAUGACGUCAACAGAGCGGAAGUAUGCCCAAAUUGACAAGGAGGCUUUAAGCAUUAUAGCGGGGGUCAAGAAGUUCCAUAAUUAUGUUUAUGGUCGGCAGUUUGAAAUACGCACUGAUCACAAACCAUUAUUAGGACUGUUCACGACCGAUAAAGUCACACCAAACAUAAUCUCGCCCCGAAUGCUUCGCUGGAGUGUAAUACUAAGUGGGUACGAUUUUGUGUUGGUGUACAAGCCAGGAUCUAGUAUUGCGAAUGCGGAUGGCCUCAGUCGGCUACCAAGAGCAACCCCAGAGAUGGAGGUACCAGCACCCAUGGAAGUGCUGCUUCUGGAAGUGUUAGACACUCCCCCCCUCAGGGCACAUCACAUUGCAGAUAACAAUGGGAUCAGGCUUAUUAAAGUUGCCCCGUACCAUCCAUCAUCCAACGGACAAGCAGAAAGGAUGGUACAGUCGGCAAAAGAGAUGUUGAAGCGGAUGAGCGGCAGUGACCUUUCACAGCGUUUAGCUCGGAUGCUGAUAACACAACAUGUAACACCUACAGCAGUUACAGGGACAAGUCCAGCGGAACUGCUGAUGGGGCGUCGGCUAAGAACAUGCUUGGAUAAAGUGCACCCAGAUCUGGCAGAGGACAUGAAGCAAAGACAAGAAGACAGCAUGACUACAUCUCCACCAAGGAAGUUCAGGCCACAGGACCUGGUGUACGUCAGAAACAUGGGGCGUGGGCAGAAAUGGUUGCCUGCUAGAAUCAUUGAAGUAACCGGUCCAUUAUCAUACAAGGUAAUCACCAAUGAUGGGGUGUUGAUGAGGCGGCACAUUGACCAGUUACGGUCCAGACAUGCCCACCCUCCGGAAGAAGCCAUAGAAAUGACCCCAUAUGCAGGCAGUGAAGUAAGGUCACCAAUGGCAGUAGAGGAAGAAAAGGACCAGGCCGUACAAGGCCAGGGAGCGGAGGAGAGAGCAAGUCAGGACCUACCACCACCGUCUCCAGGUGAAGAAGCAGACUUCAAAGGGUUUUCGCCAAGAGUACCCAUGGCUGCAGAACAACAAAGCACCUUCCAGUCUCCACUAGCUGCAAGGGAAACAAGCGAAGCUCGUACACCAAAACGGACCAGACCGGCCAGAGAAUCUGUUAAGCCAGGCUGGAUGAAGGACUGUGUCAUGUAA